AUGAGGCAGCUUUUUGGCUGCUACAAGUAUCUCAAAUUUACCGAGUUGAGACUCACACAAUUGCGGUUUCCGCUAGAAGCUAGUCAUACAACACGGCUGAAAGAUUUAAACAGGAAACAUCAAUUAGUUGAUCGUCAAUGGAUAUACAACAAUAUAUUAAAGUAUGUGCCGAGCCACGCGCCUUCACCUUGGAAUUCAGGUAUUCAGACUAAAGCAUUAUUACUGCAAAGUGAAAGGCCAAAUAAAAAAGGUACAAGUAGGACACAACAGGGUUCUGGAAAUACCAAUGGGAAAAAUGGUGAUAAUAAGGAGAAGCACAUAAAUAAAAACAAGCUUAACAGAAAAGCGAAUCUCGGAUCCACAAUAGAAAUGCUUCAACUGAAAGUGCCAAAACUACUCCAGGAGUUAUUGCCAGAGGAAAGCAUCUCAAAGAAUAUAAUUUUCCGUAUACUCCCGCACAAAUAUCCAAAUAUGCCACCAUUUAAGGGCUACUUAUUAUAUUCGACGACUCUUAAAACUUUACAGCUUGCAUUGACAUCGUUUUACUUGAACCCCAAAACUCAGAUACACAUUACCAAUAUCAAAGUUGACGAACCCACAUCUUCAAUGUCAUCCGAUGAGCUUGUGAAUCUAUCUUUAAAUAACACAUCAAUCGAAAAAGCAGAUCCUUCUAUUAAUCACACGGCACAGUCACUAUCAAAUUAUACUACAAAGAUUAUAAUUAAAUGGAGGACAUGUUUGAAUGGGUGUUCACAUUUAGAUCACUCGAGCACUGCUCAUGCUAAAAUGGGCUCCUUUAAGUUUGAUAAUCUUGAUAUGUCGAAAGUUCUGCCUGAAUCCGGCAAAAACUUAUCAUCCGCUUUAAUCCGUGAAAUAGAGCUGAAAUUAUUUCCCGGAUUCCUUCAAAGGAAGAACAAGAAGUCGGAAAUCAAGGAAGAGAUGGCGCAAAAGAGUGACAGGAAACUAGAACGGAUUGUAAGUGGAGUUUUUAUUUUCGAAUUAACCGCUGAUAACGACAAGAUUGCAGUUUUCACAAUUGACAACUGUGAUGUUUUGGAGAAUAAGGAACCUGAUAUUGAACGUUUUGGCCUUGCACCACAGGCAUAA